CUACAAACUCCUCUUGUAACUUCUUAUAUUCGUUAGAUAGAAAGAGAGAGAGAGAGAGAGAGAGAGUGAGAGAAAGACAGAGACGCUCCUUCGAAGAUGUUUAAAAUAAUCCGAGGAUGCCGGUUGAUUGAAGAUGGCCUCGCCGACACCCUCGCUGGAAUCGCGCGCGAAUUCCCUCGGGUCCCUGGCCUCGCUGUCUCCGUUAACGGUGAGCGGCAGUUCCCCACCUGCUAGCGACUCGGCAAUCUGCGACGUCGACAGUUGCGACCUCUGCCUGGACGCACCUAAAGCAGGGGAGGCCUGUCCCCGUUGCCGUCUUGGUGGUGCCGCCGGCGUACGUUGUACCGGGUGCAAGUCAACAGAAUCAGACGCGGUAGCCCGUUGCUUCGAUUGCGCCAAUUUCCUUUGUCCAAAUUGCGUUAUGGCCCAUCAGUUUAUGCAUUGUUUCGAAGGUCACCGAGUAUUAAAUCUCGGGGAUUCGAAAUUGGAGACUGUAAACAACGGAGGCAAUUCAACAACGGAAUUGCCUAAGAACAAUCUCGUUAUCAACGGUGGUAAUAGUAAUGAGGAAAAAACAUUGUUCUGUCCGCGUCAUAAGCAAGAACUAUUGAAAUAUUUUUGCCGCGCGUGUACUGUAUUGGUAUGUAAGGAAUGUACUAUAACCGAUCAUCCUGGUCCAUUGCAUGAUUGCGCCCACGUAUCAGAAGUUGGACCUCAACAAAUGGAGGCAGUGGCUAGGGCGGUACAAGAGUGCCGGGCCAAAGCUGCUGACGUUAGGGCCGCUGUUAAAGCGGCCGAUCAUGGGGCCGCAAGAUUACAAGUACAAUACCACAAGGCACAGAACGAGAUUAACGAUACCUUCCAGUUUUACAGAUCAAUGUUGGAGGAACGUAAACAGGAACUAUUGAAGGAAUUAGAAUCCGUAUUCUCGACAAAACAGAUAUCCCUCGGUGUAUUAACGCAAAAGGCCAACGAAAUGGCCGAUAAAAUACAACAGACCUGCGAGUUCGUCGAACGUUUAAUCAAAUAUACGACGGUCACGGACGUACUUAUGGUUAAAAAGUUGUUGGACUCUAAGCUACAAGUAUUGCUGAGUUAUACGCCUGAUAUAUCGAAUCAAAGCGCCGAUUUAGAAUUUGUCAGUAAUUAUCAGGCUAUACAGGUUGGCGUUAGAAAUACGUUCGGUUAUGUACGUAGUAAUAGCGAGACCGGUAACGCUGGACCGAUUGGAAAGCAACCACCGAUAGCACGUCCAACUGCAUUGUCCAGUAACGGUAGUAACGGGAGUAACAACAGUAAUGGGCCUGGUAGCGCUGGAACAUUGGGAGGUUUGCUUUUAGAUCGACCUUACAGCAAUGGAUUGAUAUCAUCGAGUUCUAAUUGCGCAUCGUCGACCUCGCCGUCACCUUUCGACACCACCAGCAACAACGGAGCCGCAGGGGGCGGAGGUGGUGGCGGCGGUGGUGGAGGUGGCGGAGGCGGAGGCGGAGGUGGUGGCGGCAGCAACAGCGUCAUUACGAAACGUUUCAGUUCGGCCAAUAGCCUCGGACCUUUUUCGACAACGAUAAGCGAGCUCAAUUUAAAUGGCAUGAAUGCCAAUCCUUACGAGAAAUGGAGCAACGGCGGUAGCGACGCCUAUCCCGUGGUAACGAGCAACGAUCAUUUCCCAAUGCCAACUGCGGUAUCCGUGACGCCUAACGCCGCACCUGGCGAGUCCGUUCUCGACCUUACCUCGAAACUUAUGUCGGCCGCUGCGAUAUUCCCUUUGAAGUCUCAAAUAAAACGACAAAAAAUGAUCUAUCACUGCAAGUUCGGUGAAUUUGGUGUUAUGGAGGGACAAUUCACCGAGCCAUCCGGUGUAGCCGUUAACGCACAAAACGACAUUAUAGUUGCCGACACGAACAAUCAUCGUAUACAGAUAUUCGACAAGGAGGGUAGAUUCAAAUUUCAAUUCGGUGAGUGCGGCAAACGGGAUGGACAAUUGUUGUAUCCUAAUAGGGUCGCUGUCGUACGUACAUCCGGUGACAUUAUUGUUACCGAAAGAUCACCGACCCAUCAGAUACAGAUCUACAAUCAGUAUGGACAAUUCGUAAGAAAAUUUGGUGCUAAUAUAUUGCAACAUCCACGUGGCGUUACCGUUGACUCGAAGGGACGCAUUGUCGUUGUCGAAUGUAAAGUAAUGCGCGUUAUAAUAUUCGAUCAGGCGGGCAACGUACUACAAAAGUUUGGCUGUUCGAAGCAUCUUGAAUUUCCAAAUGGCGUUGUCGUUAAUGACAAACAAGAGAUCUUCAUUAGCGACAAUCGGGCCCAUUGUGUCAAGGUAUUCAAUUACGAGGGCGCAUAUCUACGUCAGAUCGGCGGCGAGGGUAUUACGAAUUACCCAAUUGGGGUUGGAAUAAAUGCGGCCGGUGAAAUAUUGAUUGCCGACAAUCACAACAAUUUCAACCUGACAAUAUUCACGCAGGACGGUCAACUUGUAUCGGCAUUGGAGAGCAAGGUCAAGCAUGCUCAAUGCUUCGACGUGGCACUUAUGGACGACGGUUCGGUUGUAUUGGCUAGCAAGGACUAUCGUCUGUACAUUUAUCGCUAUGUUCAAGUGCCGCCUAUCGUUAUGUAGACCAGCGAGCCGUCACGACGACGACGAUGAUCAUCGUCGUCUCGGGACAUCAUUUUUUUUCUUAUUCCAUUAAUUAUUAAUAUUAUUACUAUUAUUACGAUU